AUGGAGCAAUCCACUGUUGUGAGACAGACCGAGAUAGACUUCUGGGAUGGGAUGGAGCCCAUCUUCAUGAUGCCCAACAUCACCACUGAAGGUACAGACACCCAUGUCAACUGCAAGAGCGUUGUGUGGGUGCUGGAAGGUUGGGAGCCAGCAGACAUGGAGUGUGACCUGGCUUUGCUCUGCUCUCCAGAGCGAAUAGUCAUCUGGGAGGCGGUGGCCAGCUGUGUUCAACAGCAGCUCCUGCUGCACAAGGGGGUCCGAAUUCCUACCCUUGGCUCCUUCGAGGCUGUCCCCAGACGGAUCCUGGUGGGAGGCAAGGUUGUGACUCUCCAGAGGCCCACGUUCCACCUGGCCAGGAACCUUGUGUGUGCCCACAACCUGAUGGACAACAAGGCCCUGCUGCCUGGCAACAAGGAACUGGAACCCCUCAAAUACUCCAAGGUGGCUGCAACUGCCUCGGUGUCCCGGCAGAAAGUGGAGGGUUGCAUCGAAGGCACCAUGUCCCUCCUCUCUCACUGCCUGGGCAAGGGGGAGAACGUUGCCCUCAUCCUGAGAGAUGUUGGGGUGCUGGUCAUUGAAGGCACUAAAGUGCAGAUGAAGUUCUACUUUGACUUCUUGGGCAGGAUUAGUGGGAAGGAGAACUUGGAGAAAGCUUUUUUCAAGGUCCCACAGCUGCUAGACAUGGUGGUGUCCCCAGGGGUGCCUCUGGCCACACUGAGUUCCUCUGGCCGUGUCAUCAUUUUUCCUGAGUUUGAAAUGGAGUUUGUGCCCGAGGCCCUUCUCAAGACCUGGAGACAAGUCCCUGCCGUGGCCCAGGCUACACGAAUGCACACCACGCGCAGGCACGCUGCUCCCCCUGAGCGAUAA